AUGCUUCGUCCGGUCCUGGUCUCGACCGUGGGCCUGGGCGUGCUGGCCCUGCUGCUGCGACGCAGCGGCCCCGGUGGAAGUGACCGCCGGUGCACUUUGAGACGUGGACGUCGCGCAAAGCAGCGACCCGCGACAGUGCCGGAAGAGCCCGAGAGGCGAAGCACAGAAAGUCCACAGAAAAAGGCGGACGCCACCGCGCCACUGCCCACCAAUGCUGCACAGACUCUCUCAGCGUCCUGGACAGCACAAGCCGCACAGGCGGCCACGGACGCCAUGGCUGCGAGGCAGGUGAAGCCUGAGGGCGGAGCAACCGCAGCGCCGCUGGCAAGCGAGUGGGGCGAUGGAGCACCCGAUUUUGCUGAGCGGGAAUUCCUCGUGGACAACAGGCAGCUCCAAGCGCUCACGCCAGGUUUGGGCUACCGGAGGAGCAAGUCCUCAGCUGAUAGACUCCAAGAUGCAUGGGAGCCCUGGGGCAACGUAGUCAAAGGUAUUGAUGAAGGAGAGUGGCUAAGAGUCGGCAAGCUCUUCCUCCCAAAAAGGCUGGGCGGCAUCACCGUGUUGCUGGUGAAGGAGUCAAACGGACAGGCAGCCCCAGCUGCAGCUGCCCCGCAGAGGGUGGAGAAUUUGAGCUCUUGGCCAACCUGCUCUGAUUUGGAUGCCGAGACGCGAUCCGGUUCCUCCUUGCGCAGCCAUGGAGAUGUGAACGGGCAUGAGACGCCAAGGAAGAUCGAGGUUUCGGAGCUGUCCACUCAAAGUGCCACGUUUGCUUCAACAUGCCCAUCCCAUGGCUGGCAAUACCUCGAUCCAAAAGGGAAUGUGCAGGGACCAUUUUCCUUGCCGGACAUGCAGAACUGGAAUAAUAAGGGCUACUUCCGAGCAGACUUGCUCAUGCGAUGCCACCCGAAGGAUAGCUUUGUGCCCCUGGCCGCGUUGUUCCCCGCACCACUGGUGCCCUUCCAAAGUCAUCCCAGGAGGCCACGACGGCCGCGCGCAAGCAGCCCGCGAUGA